CAGAAUUCACCUCCCACCCUGGGCAGGGGGUAAAGAGGAAUCUCACUCACUCCGCUAGAUACUAUCUGGCUGCCUCCUUACUGCUCUCCACCACCAUGCUGCUGGCCUACUGCAGACAUCCUGGAUGUAUUUAUGUCCAUGGGGUUUGCUCCUGCCAAGCUUAGAUUUGGCAGCAGAUGUUUUGCUCAUUGUAAUAAACUGGGCUGGUGUUGGGUCACCAACUACGUUAGUUCUGAAAGCAGGAAUAGUGAAAUAUGGUUACCCGUGUUUGUAAAUCUUGUGGGCACUGAAGGAAAAGGACUGAGCCUAAUCUAACCUAAAGGAGGGUUUUUAAUUGGCAGUGACACCUUUGCUAAUAUCAGGUGCAAGAGUCAGAGCCUCGUGAAUGUCAGAUGGAUGGGUGGACAGGACGCCCGCCCAGAAGGGAGCACAGCUCAAGAGUCUACUACAAGACUGGUUCCACCUCUUUUUCCCCAGUGUUCAAAGCUCAACCUUGCACUCCUGUGUCCCAGGGAUGCAUGGUCCUAUCUCCAGAGAGCGAGGAGCCUCGCUGCUGCCAUUCUAGCAGACUGAACGGUGCUGGAAACACUGGCUCCCUGUUCCCUUGCCAGGUGCAUAGCUGAGUAGCCAGUGACAGGUGCUCCGGUUACUAAGGAGUCGAGCUCCCAGGAGUCCUGGUCGCUUGCCAGUCCAGAUGCUAGCAGCUGGGUGUGUGGGUGAGGAGGCAGGGAGCGAGGCAGAGAUGUCACAAUUGACACAUUUUUGUGAAACGUUUCACUGCUGAGGCAGCUAGAGGAUGUGAAGGAAGCUGUGCUGCUAAAGCCAGAGAAGGAGCAAUGGAGUGCCGAGGCCUGUGCGGUACCAAGGAGGCUCAAGAGUGUGCCGAAGCAUCCCGCACCGAUGCCGGUCCGGUUCUGACGCCAGUGCCAGUCUUAGGGCUGCCUCUUUGAGAACAAUCUUGUGGCGCAAUUCUCUCAUGCGCUCCAUACGGGACUUAAAAGCUUUGCAAAUUUUGCAGGCCUCUGAAAGGUGUUAGGCCUGCUGUGAGGGCGAGAAACCCGGCCGAGGGCCUUUGUCACUGAGCCAGGCCUGAGGCCUUUCGCUGGGGGUAACUUGGAGGUCGGAUACAUUAAUGUGGGGCACAGUCGGCUCACACCCCUCACGUUGACCCUUCCCAGCCUGAGCAGCGUUACCGAGGCAACAGCAUUCCGGCCAUCAGCCCUUCCCACACCAGAGGAUGGCUGCACAGAUCCAGUCCCUGUUCAGCACCCACAGCCAUUCGCUGUGUCCAGAAGAUUGAAUGGUGGCUGUGCAGGUCCUCCAUGCCACCCCCAGCUUUCUCCUAAUCCUCUUCCUGUUAAAGGGCCUGGCGUGAGCUGUCCAAGUGCUGCAGCAUUGAACGUCCCACGACACACACAUCAGCCUCACAAUGGCUGCGGCAAACCAGGCUCCUCUUCAUGAUCGCUGUGAAGACAAGAAGAGCCCUUACAGGUGCGAGAACAGUGCCUCCCCUUUAUCACACUGCAGGGAGGAGGGACGAGGUGAGUGUAUUAUGGGAUGCUGGAGGCAUGAGCCAAUAGCCAGCCACCGCACAGCUUUGGUCACAGCGGACAGUAUGAGCAUAGUCUAGCAUGCAAAGCUACCCAUGGUGUAUUGCUCUCUGAGUCGAUGGUAGGUUGCCUACACGGGAUGCGCUGCUUCAGACUACAUUUGAUUUACCCCGUGGUGUGAACAUGGACUUAGCAAUAUCGGGUGGUAAGAAAUCAGCCUUGACUUGGAGUAUAGUCGCACCCUCAGAGUCUUAAUGUUUCAGUUUGACACCAAGAGUCGUACAGAGAUGGCAUCAAGGAAGGUCGACCACAAGAGAUUUUAAAGAUUUUGUGAAAUCUCUGGAAACAAUCAGGAUUCGGUCUCAAUUUGUAACAAAUUUCAAGAUCCAGUUUUUUUCAAGUGUCAGCUGAUCCUUUAUCCAUAGAUUAAAUCUUGGAGCACAACAUGAAAAGGAAUCCUUAUCCUACACAUGUUCCAGCUGGCACCACGCAUCUGAGAAAUGUUUAACCACACGGCUGGAGAGAGCGGGUCGUUUCAUGGCAGUAUGGGCUACUUUACAGUAAUUCUAUAUAGGGUUAAAUAUCAAUCUCCAUCAAUGAGUACACAGGAGAAGGGGAGAUGAGCUAUUAUUAAAAGUUCAAAGGACUUUGUUCCUAGUUUCAUAACUCUGAUCAUCUUUGUUAGUCGUUACCACUGAGCGCUCCUAUUGGCCAACUCCUUGCACCCACCUUUGCUGUGCAGAAUAUAAAAAGGGAGAUGUCUGAAAUACAAAUAAUCCCUGAACCAUUGCUACACCCGACAAUGGACCCGCUGGGAACAACCACUCUGUUCCUGGUCAUUUGUGUCUCUUGCCUUCUCUUUCUCUUCACGUGGAGAAAGACGCCUGGAAGUGGGAAGCUGCCACCUGGGCCUGUUGCUUUUCCCCUCAUUGGGAACAUGCUGCAGCUGAGAGAGAAGAGCUUGUCCCAGCAUCUAGACGAGCUCAGUAGAACGUACGGCUCGAUUUUCACGAUCUACUUGGGCUCCGAGCGGGUUGUGGUGCUCCAUGGAUAUGAGGCGGUGAAGGAAGCUCUGGUCGAUCUUGGGGACGAGUUCAGCAGAAGAGGAAAAAUGCCACUAUUUGAGACAGCUACCAAGGGAACAGGUAUUGGUUUCAUCAAUGGGGAGCCGUGGAAGCAGGUCCGGAGAUUUCUCCUCACAACCCUGAGAGGAUUUGGGAUGGGGAAGAAAAGCAUUGAGGAGCGGAUCCAGGAGGAAACCCGUUUUCUGGUGGAAAGACUCAGAAACACGCACGAGCGGUCCUUUGACCCCAGCCUCCUCCUCGCCCACGUUGUCUCCAACGUCAUCUGCUCCAUCGUCUUCGGGGACCGGUUUGACUAUGAAGAGGAGAACUUUGUUACUUUAAUUAAUCUCAUAUUGGAAAAUGGCAAAGUCCAGCAGGAUCCUUGGAUAGUGCUGUACAAUUUUUUCCCAACGCUCAUGGAUUAUGUUCCUGGACCUCACCAAAGGCUAUUUGAAAUUUUUGAGGAGUUAAGAAGAUUUGUUGGGGAGAGAGUGAAAGUACAUAAAGCGUCUCUGGAUCACAGUUCCCCUCGGGACUUCAUUGAUGCUUUCCUCAUCAAAAUCGAUGAG